AUGUUGCUCCCGGCACCACUUUCGCGAUAUGUCGGAUCGCUUCGCUCCCUGGGACAAAAGUGGCGCAGCCACACCGAAUCCCGACAGUAUGAUGGAGAAGAAGAUUCGCUCGCUCAUCGCCUAACCGAUGUCUUUCUUCGCACCUGGGACUUGGGCUUUAUCGCGUUCGGUGGUCCACCUGUGCAUUUUCAGAUCUUGCAUCGUAGGUUCGUGGAAGGGAAGGGUAGGAAAGAGAAAUGGGUGGACGAACAGACUUAUCAAGAGCUCUUCGCUAUCUGUCAAGGCCUCCCUGGUCCAGGCAGUACGAAGAUGCUAUUUUGUCUGGUCCUGCUGCAUGCGGGCUUCAUUCCAGCCAUUAUGGCGUUCCUGGUUUGGAGUUUACCUGGAGCAGCGGGCAUGUAUGGUCUCUCAGUCGGUAUUCAAAAUCUGAGCACAACCCUCCCUGGCCCAGUCUACGGACUUCUGUCGGGACUCAACGCGGCGACCGUCGGUAUUGUCGCAGUUUCCGCCGUGCAGCUCGCGGAAAAGGCCAUUCACGACAAGAUCUCGCGCAUCCUCAUCAUCUUCGGAGCAUGCGCGGGUCUCUGCUAUAACGCCUUGUGGUAUUUCCCUAUUUUGAUGGUGAUUGGCGGUAUCGUCAUAGCUACUUGGGAUGGCUGGCUAUAUUCACAAGUCCAGAAAGCGAAGAGGGUUUGGAAAAAUAGGCAUCAACGCCCCGCAGACUCGGAGGAAGCAAACUCUAACAACCUGGAAAUGGAGCCCACAACGACACCAGCACCGACCGAGCAAACUGAAGCAGUGCGAUCAAGGAAACUCAACCAGGCUGGAGACCUACCACAGGCCUCUGGGGCCAUUGCGGGAUCAACAAGGUCGACAGAGACUGAAGCCAUCCAAUCGCCGAAGUAUCGCGUCCGUGUCCGCACUGGACUUAUCAUCUUCGUUGCCUUCUUUGCGUCGUUCAUUGCUAUCCUUGUCGCAAGAGGGAAAUUGACUCCCCCUCCACUUGCACUAGACCUAUUCGCUAGCAUGUACCUCGCUGGGACUGUGAUCUUUGGUGGAGGUCCGGUUGUCAUUCCUCUUCUUCGCUCUUACGUCGUUAGCCCUGGCUGGGUUUCCAGUCGUGACUUCCUGAUCGGCCUGGCCAUUAUUCAAGCCUUUCCAGGACCAAACUUCAACUUCGCAGUCUUUUUGGGCGCUCUCGCCUUGCAGCACUCACAAUUCCCCACUGUUUUUGGCGCAUUCCUCGGGUGGCUAGGCAUCUUCGUCCCAGGUAUCACUCUUGCCGUCGCAAUUCAGAGCUUCUGGAGUGUGUUGCGAACGAGAAGAUCUGUCAUCCGUUUCCUACGUGGCGUCAAUGCCACUGCGAUUGGUCUGGUCUUCACUGCUGUGUACCGACUAUGGGAAAUUGGCUACUUGACACCCGCUAAUAGCGCUGGACAAAGUCUGGCUAAUGACCCGUGGUGGUUGGUGGUCACGACUAUUUCGUAUGCAGGUAACGCAUGGUUCCGCGUUCCUCCCGCCAUGUCGAUCGUUAUUGGCGCUAUACUUGGACUGUGCUGGUAUGGAGCCGUCGGGCGGUAG